ACUGUUGCUCAGAGCUCAAACUCUUGAGCGAGCUCUUAACCAACUGAGCCACUUGACCAGCCCAAUUCCCCUAUUCUGUAUUUCCUGUUGUUUGGUUUUUCAUGAAAUUACAUCUCUUGUAUAAUGGUAGCUUUGUGUCUUCCUACAAAAUUUGGAGGGAAUUGAUCCACCAUCUGAGAGCUCAGAGAAGAUUCAGCUGUGUUGUUUUUGAUUCGACACAGAUGAAGCAGACAGUGGAAUACAGUAAGCUACAGUUCUCAUGUGAAAACUUCACCAUAGGAAGCUAAGGAUUUUAUAUGACACUUUGUGUUGGAGAACACAGGAACAUCUUAGACUCCUGGAAGAUGCUGUUCUCUUUAUACAGGUUGCAAUGUUGACAAAGGCAAUGGAUGGAGUGAAUCACUCUGCAGUGUCAGAGUUUGUGUUCCUGGGACUCACUGAUUCCUGGGAGAUCCAACUUCUCCUCUUUGUGAUCUCCUCUACAUUUUAUGUGGCAAGCAUGAUGGGAAACUCCCUCAUUAUGCUCACCGUGAUUUAUGACCCUCACUUACACUCCCCCAUGUACUUUCUAUUGGCCAACCUCUCCUUCAUUGACCUCGGAGUUUCUUCUGUCACUUCCCCCAAGAUGAUUUAUGACCUUUUUAGAAAGCGUAAAGUCACCUCCUUUAAUGGCUGCAUCACUCAAAUCUUCUUCAUUCAUGUCAUUGGUGGUGUGGAGAUGGUGCUGCUCAUCGCCAUGGCCUUUGACAGAUACGUUGCCAUAUGUAAGCCUCUCCACUACCUGACCAUCAUGAGCCCAAGAAUGUGCAUCUUCUUUUUAGUGGCUGCCUGGAUGACUGGCCUCAUUCACUCCACAAUUCAACUCGCUUUUGUGGUAAACUUACCUUUUUGUGGUCCUAAUGUGUUGGACAGCUUUUACUGUGACCUCCCUCAGUUCAUCAAACUUGCUUGCACAGACACCCACCAACUAGAGUUUAUGGUCAAAGCGAACAGUGGAUUCAUCUCUGUUGGCUCCUUCUUCAUACUGAUUAUUUCCUAUAUCAUCAUCAUUCUCACGGUUCAGAAACACUCUUCAGAUGGUUCAUCCAAGGCUCUGUCCACAUUGUCAGCUCACAUCACUGUGGUAGUUCUGUUCUUUGGUCCUUUAAUAUUUUUCUAUACGUGGCCAUCUCCCUCCACACACUUGGAUAAGUUUCUGGCCAUCUUGGAUGCAGUUUUCACUCCUUUCCUGAAUCCUAUCAUUUAUACAUUCAGAAAUCAAGAAAUGAAGGUGGCAAUGAGGAGAGUAUAUGGACAGCUAGUGAAUUACAGGAAGAUCUCUUAA